GCGGAGAUUGUUUUCCACUUUGCAGCAGCUCGACUUUGUUUAUUUUAACCCCACACGCCGCUGAUAAAGUCACUACCCGUCACUGUGGCAUCUCCACAACUAACUACCCCCACUUGGAUAACGGAUUAACACAGCAGCACUCGAGAUCUUGGGGUCUCUCAGCUCUUACGAGAAUGAGUUCAUAAUGAAGCGGCGACUGGAGGAUCAGGAAACGGUUUUUGCGUCCCAGCAGCGGCGCCUCGCUGGCAACCCGGAGGCCUUCCAGCAUCGCGUCCUGGCCCCUGCUCCGGCCCCGGCGGUGUAUGAGGCCGUGUCCGACAGCAUGCAGCCCACAGCAGGCGUCCAGUACUCCGUCCCCCAGGGAUACCAGGUAUCUCUACUUUCCCAGGUUGCCAACGUCGCCCAGAACAGUGGCGGGCAUGGGCACACCCCGAGCCCAGCCGUCCACAGCGGGUCCCACCACCACAGCCCGGCAGUCCAGUCCCAUGGGCCCUCAGUGAUGUCGGGGCACGGCCAUACCGCUGCUCCACAAGCCUCCGCACAGGGCCAGCAGUUCCAGAGGCUCAAGGUAGAAGAUGCUCUGUCUUACUUGGAUCAAGUGAAACUGCAGUUUGGCAACCAGCCUCAGGUCUACAAUGACUUUCUGGACAUAAUGAAAGAGUUCAAGUCUCAAAGUAUUGACACCCCCGGGGUCAUCAGCAGAGUGUCACAGCUCUUCAAAGGUCACCCCGACCUCAUCAUGGGCUUCAACACCUUCCUGCCGCCUGGCUACAAGAUCGAGGUCCAGCACGCUGACCUAGUCAACGUGACCACGCCUGGUCAGAUCCACCACAUCACGCCGCAUGGCAUUUCAGUCCAGAACAUCCCCAUAACGGGGGCAGCUAACCAACAUCCGCCCCAGCUCCCGUCUGCUGCGACCACCACCGCCCCGCCCCUUCUGACACAGCCCACCCCUGCCAAGAUGAGCAAGCCUCUUCAGCCCCAGGCCUUGACCCCGAGCAGUCAGAGCAAUCCGUCCAUCCCUGCGUACGCCUCUCCUCGCUCCCCGCCCAUGCAGCUCCACCUGCCCCUCAGCGGGACCCCCACCGGGCCGCCCAUGCAGAACAACCAGCCCGUGGAGUUCAACCACGCCAUCAACUACGUCAACAAGAUCAAGAACCGCUUCCAGGGCCAGCCCGACAUCUACAAAGCUUUCCUGGAGAUCCUCCACACGUACCAGAAGGAGCAACGUAAUGCUAAGGAGGCUGGUGGAAACUACACACCGGCUCUGACGGAGCAGGAAGUGUACGCUCAGGUGGCAAGACUCUUCAAGAACCAGGAGGACCUGCUCUCAGAGUUUGGACAAUUUCUCCCUGACGCCAACAGUUCGGUGCUGCUAAGUAAGACCACAGCUGAGAAAGCAGAGUCUGUACGGAACGACCACGGUGGCACUGCCAAAAAGCUGCAGCUCAACAACAAACAGAGGCCCAAUCAGAACGGCUGCCAGAUCCGCCGUCAUCAAGGUCCAGGGACCACACCCCCUGUCAAGAAGAAGCCCAAGUUACUGAGUUUGAAGGAUCCCUCGGUGGCAGAUGCCACAAAGCAUGGAGUCGGAACAGAAUCUCUGUUCUUUGAGAAGGUGCGAAAAGCCUUGCGAAGUGCAGAGGCCUACGACAACUUCUUGCGGUGUCUGGUCAUCUUUAAUCAGGAGGUGAUCUCCAGGGCUGAACUAGUGCAGCUGGUGCUGCCCUUUUUAGGAAAAUUCCCCGAGCUGUUCAACUGGUUUAAAAACUUCUUGGGAUAUCGGGAAAUGUCCCACAUCGAAGCGUAUCCUAAGGAACGGGCAACCGAGGGCAUCGCCAUGGAGAUUGAUUAUGCUUCCUGUAAGAGACUCGGUUCCAGUUACAGAGCUCUGCCCAAAAGCUAUCAGCAGCCCAAGUGCACGGGCAGAACUCCACUUUGUAAAGAGGUCUUAAAUGACACCUGGGUCUCCUUCCCCUCCUGGUCUGAGGACUCCACGUUUGUCAGUUCCAAGAAGACUCAGUACGAGGAGCACAUCUACCGAUGUGAGGACGAGCGCUUUGAGUUGGAUGUAGUACUGGAGACCAACCUGUCGACCAUCAGAGUCCUGGAGACGGUACAGCGGAAGUUGUCCCGCAUGUCAGCCGAGGAGCAGGCCAAGUUCCGCUUGGACAACACGCUGGGCGGCUCUUCAGAGGUCGUACACCGCAAAGCCAUCCAGAGGAUAUACGGAGACAAGGCGCCCGACAUCAUCGAUGGCCUGAAGAAAAACCCUGCUGCUUCUGUCCCCAUCGUGUUGAAGAGGUUAAAGACCAAGGAGGAGGAGUGGCGGGAAGCCCAGCGAGGCUUCAACAAGAUCUGGAUGGAGCAGAACGAGAAGUAUUACCUCAAGUCUCUCGACCAUCAGGGCAUCAACUUCAAACAGAAUGACACCAAAGUGCUUCGAUCCAAGUCCCUGCUGAAUGAAAUCGAAAGCAUUUACGAUGAGCGCCAGGAGCAGGCAUCCGAGGAGAACGCCUCCCCUCCCACAGGCCCCCAACUGACGCUGGCGUACGAGGACAGCCAGAUCCUGGAGGACGCCGCAGCGCUCAUCAUCCACCACGUCAAGCGGCAGGCCGGCAUUCAGAAAGAAGACAAGUACAAGAUCAAACAGAUCAUCUACCACUUCAUCCCCGACAUGCUGUUCUCCCAGCGGGGCGAGCUCUCCGACGUAGAGGAGGAGGAGGAGGAGGAAGAGGAGAUGGACCUGGAGGAAGGCGCGUCCAAAAAGCACAACGGCGUCCCCGGCAGCGGGAGCCCCACCAAGUCCAAGCUGCUGUUCAGCAACACGGCGGCCCAGAAGCUGCGCGGCUCCGACGACGCCUACAACCUCUUCUACGUCAACAACAACUGGUACAUCUUCCUGCGGCUGCACCAGACGUUGUGCUCGCGUCUGCUGCGGCUCUACGGCCAGGCGGAGAGACAGAUCGAGGAAGAGGUCAGAGAACGGGACUGGGAGAGGGAAGUCCUGGGACUGAAGAAGGAGAAGAACGAUAAUCCAGCCAUCCAGCUGAGACUGAAGGAGCCCAUGGACAUUGAGGUGGAGGAUUACUACUCAGCCUUCUUGGAAAUGGUGAGGAAUUUGCUGGAUGGAAAUAUGGAGGCCUCUCAGUACGAAGACUCAUUGAGGGAAAUGUUCACCAUUCACGCUUACAUCGGCUUCACAAUGGACAAGCUCAUCCAAAGCAUCGUCCGGCAGCUCCAGCACAUCGUGAGUGAUGAGAUCUGUGUCCAAGUAACGGACCUCUACCUCUCAGAGAGCACUAACAGCGCCAGCGGAGGAACCAUGUCCACCCAGUCCUCGAGGAGCUCUGCGGAGUCCAUGUAUCAGCGGAGAGCCGAGCAGCUCAUGUCUGAUGAGAACUGCUUCAAGGUGAUGUUUUCGAGGAACAGGUCGCAGGUGCAGCUCACGGUGGAGCUGCUCGACACAGAGGAGGAGAACUCAGACGAACCCAUGGAGGCUGAGCGUUGGUCUGAUUAUGUUGGACGCUACUUAAACCCAGAUUCCACUACACCUGAGUUAAGGGAGCACCUCGCUCAGAAGCCAGUUUUUCUUCCCAGGAAUCUGAGACGGAUCAGGAAGUACCAGAAGGGUCGCGAGCAGCUGGACAAAGAGGCCUGCGAGGGCGGCAAGAAAUCCCUAGAAAAGGAGAAGAUGGAGUGCAUGUUCAAACUCAACUCUUACAAGAUGGUGUACGUCUUUAAGUCUGAGGAUUACAUGUACAGACGCACUGCGCUGCUGAGAGCUCACCAGUCACAUGAGAGGGUGAGCACACGGCUGCACAAGCGCUUCCAGGCCUGGGUGGACACGUGGGCCAAGGAGCACGUCACCCGCGACAUGAACGCCGAAACCAACAAGUGGCUGAUGGGCAACGCGCGGGAAGGCCUGUUACCCUGCACCACCAGCCGCCAGCCGGAGAUCCUUCACUACGUGAACAUCAACAAGUACCGCGUCAAAUACGGCCCGCCCAGCAAGGCGCCGUAGCCGAGGACAAACAGGAGAGAGAGAGAGAGACUGAUUUCUGGGGUUGUUGGGUCUGAGGUCAAACAGGUCAGGAGUAGAGGUAGGGCUGAGGGCUUAUUAAUGUGUUUUUAAGGUCGACAUGGGAGCACAAUUAAGCUAGCUACCGUGUACGUUGCACCCGGGGCGGCAGGAUUACUGAUUUUACCAGCGUUUUUAGCUGGGCCCAUUUUUUCGCAGGGGCCUUUUUGGUGCCAAAACAUAGGAAUCGUCACGACCCAGUCGCAGACCUGAGCUCUUACCAGCACCUCGGAGCCACUUCUCACAUCUCUGAGCCUUUUUCUACGAGGCUCAGCGACGUUAAACGGUGAGCCUGUGAAAGAUAGAGUGGUGCUUUUUUUGUACUUUUAUCACAACUGAGCUUCGGUUUUUCGAUUUUUUUCGAAGGAACCAUUUUGUCUGAAGCCAUCAGAGUAAGCUCUAUGGGGAUGAAUUAAGCAUACAGGGAAUUCUUUAUGAUAGUGUUAUUCUACAGUAUCCGUGGAAAACAAAUUGGUGGACAAGUGCACUUAUGUAGAAAGAGGAAAACGUUUCAAAAAGUUUUGUUUCCAAGAUUGACGGUUUGGACGGGAGCACAACAAAGUCUGAGAGGUCUGGUUCUGACAUUCCUGCGUUAAGGCCAAAUCACAAUUAUGAACCUAUCACAAGACGGAGCGGGGGUUUACACUUCCUCCUCCGAAACACAUGGCAGCAUUAUUAGAAACUGUGCCUGAGCCCCAAACAGUAUUGUCGGGUUAACAUCGUAUAGCGCUGUUUGCAUUUAUGUAAAACAACAACCACACAAAAAAAAAAAAUCAAAAAGAAGAAAAAAAAUUAGCCACACAACACUGUUUGGUCUCAGACUGUAAAAUUGUAUAGCUUGUGAAUGUCAGAUACUGACAUGUAUUCCAGUGUAUGUGUUGUGUAUAUAUAUAUUAUAUAUAGUUCUAUUAACACAAAUGAUCCUCGCCGCCCUGGAAGUCAACCUUUUUAAAAUGCCCUCCACCAAUACACCAGCUUGUACACACACACACAUACAUAAACAAACACACACACACACACAUACAUAAACACACACACACACACACAUGUUCGUCUCAUUCUGGGAGGACUGUCCACAUGCCGUUCACGUUGUAAAUACACUGUAUAUAGUCUCAGACUUUUUAUGACAGAUCUGUGUUGUCGUGCUAGUAAUACUUUCCAAGCUUACUGUGGACUUUAGUGAUAAAUGGCUAAAGUUAGUAUGUAUAUGAAAAAGACAAAUGCAAGACCAUUUAUUACAGUUUUUACCAAAGGGAGUUGAUUAUAAAAAUAGCUGUUUUUUUCCCCCCCUUUGUGUGUUCCUUUAUGUCCUUUCUUUUUAAUUUUCUGUAGUAAAAAAAAAAAAAUGUGGAAAAGUAGAAAUGUAUCCAGGUCUUUCCGUUUUUAUAUCUGAGAAAUAACUUCAGUUUUUUCUUCUGAAUGUGACAUUUGGUUGGUAAACAAACAAAAACAAAUCACUGCCCCCCCUUUUUGACAACCGACACCGUCCGUGGUGAUGCUGGGACUCUUUUCAUUGGUCCUCAGAUGAAUAAGACUCCACAACGGUCUUUACCGUGUGAUGCACACUUCCCUCCCUGGAUAGAUUUCUGCUGCAAACAUCACCCACACACACCAUAUUUUUGAUAAUGGAAGAAGUCACACAUGAGCAUGUCUUUAGUCCCUUUAUUUAGACAUUAUUUAAAGUAAUAAUAAAAACGAUAUUUGUAGCCUACGGAGAACUUUGUGGAGUUGUUGAUUGACUUAUUUUUUCACACUUAACCUUCAGUGAACUGGCAGGAAAACCGAAAGAGAACUUUUUUAACAAACACACAAUAGAUAUACACAGAUUAGUCUUGGUUUUCUUCUCAGAUACAGUAUUGACAUUUUACUUUACUGGUACUCAAGACUACAAGAAGCAAACAGGCCUCAUUCACAUCCGUUAAUGAUGAAUUAUAAUUAGUAGGUAGGUAAGUAGUAACAGCACACAGAUUGUUGACUUUUAACCAGCAGUUACAGUAUACUAAAACCAGCGCCACAGUGUAUUCAUUGAUGUACUAAAUGUGCAGAAUCUGUCAACUAUAUCCACUUUUUCCUGAAAAGUCUUAAAAAGCACUGAAGUAAGUUUCUUUAAAAAAUGCCUUAGAAGUUAUUGAAAGUCAUUUGUUUCAGUUACAAAGGUCUGGAAUAUUUUCCUCUUGACUGCUGUUGGCAAUGAUGUUAUUAAAUAUUUUUGUAUCAGAUUGUAUAUUUAGUUGGAUUGGACUGUGUAUUGUGACGGCAGAAGGCUGCGUUUCACUCAGCUCAGAGUCCGCUGUGUUGCACCGCCAUGUUUCUACAGUAGCCCAGAACGGACAAA